AUGGUUUUUGUGCCGUUCACGGGGGUGGACAACCACCGCCGUUGCAUCACCUUGGGGGCUGGCUUACUCAGUAGAGAGAACGUGGAAUCCUACGUUUGGCUGUUGGAGACUUUCAAAAUCGCAAUGGGUAGGAGUCCACUAUGCGUUGUCACCGAUCAGGACCCCGCCAUGAAGAUUGCUGUAAAGCGUGUUUUCCCUGAGAGUCGGCAUCGGUUUUGCAUGUGGCACAUCAUGAUUAAGGUCAGCGAAAAGGCUGGGGGUGAACUUGCAAAGGAUGAAAAUUUUCGCAAGAAGUUAAACAGUAUAGUUUGGUCAGACCGAAUCCUGAUUGAAGAUUUCGAGAGUCAAUGGGUGGGGUUAAUGGCAGAGUACAAGUUGGGUGAUGACCGGUGGUUUAGCAAUCUUUACGCUGAUAGGAUGUUUUGGAUCCCGACGUAUUUCCUCGACAUGCCAAUGAGUGGGUUACUACGGACUACGUCUCGGUCCGAAGGUGAAAACAGUGCUUAUGGUAAGUUUACUCAUGCACACUCUAGUUUAAUCGAGUUUUAUAUGCAGUUUGAGGGUGUGUUGGAAGCUCAACGCCAUAAACAGGCCAAACUAGACGCUGAGUGCGAGGGGUCUUUGCCCGAUUUUAAAACACCUUUAGCACUUGAGCGACAUGUAGCGCAGGUUUUCACCAUUACAAUUUUCUACGAGAUCCAAAAAGAGAUUAUUGCUGCGUGUUUUUUCUGCCGGGUUGUUACCAUUUCUGAGGGCAAGGGGUUGAUGUUGUAUGUCAUUAAAGACGAGCACAACACGGUUUACAGUGUCCAAUACAAGCCCGCUGAUUUUAGUGCAGCGUGUAGUUGCAAGUUAUUCCUGAAAAUGGGUUUAGUUUGUAGGCAUAUAAUUUUGGUUUUCAAAGAUGCCCAAUUACAGACCCUGCCACCCCAAUAUGUGGUUGGUAGAUGGUGCAAACACAGCAAUGCCGCGCGAUGUAGUGAAUUGGCUGCCGUGAGCAGUUCCAACGGGUCGCGUAUAAACUUAUUGUGGGGCGAGAUCAACACGUGCGUGGGAAUGGUGGGUAGCAACGAUGGGCGACACACCCGUUUGUUACAAGUAAUGAAAGAUCUGACAGCUGAAUUCCUAAAUGAUGGGUCGGGCAGUGAUAUGGUAAAGGGCAACACCGCUGCUAUUGCGACAUUGUGUGGUGUUAGUCCUCCGCAGAAUAUAUCCAUCAAACCCCCAGCACAGGCAAAGAACAAAGGCAGCGGGAAACGUAUCAAAAGCAAGCGAGAGUUAGCUAUCGAGGCUAGGGCACGGGGCGAGCGUAAGUGCGCGGCGUGUGGUUUAUAUGGGCGUCAUGACAGUCGAAAUUGUGUUAUUGUCCCACGUGUUCGAACCGGUAAAAAGGCCGCCUCUAAAUGA